AUGGGAGUCUUGGGCGCCUUAACUUCAAGCUGGCAGAUUCCGGCGGGUUUGCCCCUCCCUCCGACUCGUACGGUCUCCUUCUCACCACCCGCACCCCCCCGCAACUAUAAAGCAUCCUCUUUUCUUUCUCCCAUCUCCACCACAAGUCUGAGGUGCGGGCGGUUAGGAAAGUGUUCCUCUAUCUCCAAGUCCAGGCUCAGGCUCAGGGUGACCUGCGGAGCUGUAAGGGAGAUAACGCAGAAGGAGUUCUCCGACGUAGUUUUGAAGUCCGAUCGACCCGUUUUAGUGGAGUUCGUCGCCACUUGGUGCGGCCCCUGCCGCUUGAUUGCUCCCGCUAUAGAAUCCCUCGCUCAGGAACAAGAGUAUAGGGAAAAGAUAACAGUGGUUAAGAUUGAUCAUGAUUCAAAUCCUCAGCUGAUCGAAGAGUACAAAGUUUACGGAUUGCCAACUUUGAUUCUCUUCAAAGAUGGAAAGGAAGUAGAAGAGAGCAGAAGGGAAGGCGCAAUAACAAAAGUUAAGCUCAAGAAGCAUCUUGACGGUCUUCUGGAGAGUAUCUGUGCUGUGUAA